AGGAAGAAGCUUGUUGUGUAGGCAUGUUGUCUUCACCUCGAUCGCUCACACAAUUCGAUGACAAGAUCUGAAUGAAGACGUUGCAUGUUUCAUUCACGCCCUACCCAUGGUAGGGUAUGUCUUCCCGUGGGUCUCGUGCAGCUAGAUUCGCAUUCAUCCAGUCCAAUUGUAAAUAUUGUUUUACACUACGCAGAGUACUUCAAAACUGAAAUAUCUGCGAUUCCCUGCAUUCCAUGACAUUUUGCAUACUCAUCGCACCAUUUUUUAUACCAAUCAGUCUUUUAUAUUUCAUAUCCACUUGCAGAGCUCUCAGCUUUUUCACUCAGUUCGAUUUCGGCCACCAGUACCCAUCACAUAUCUCUCUCUCCAUUCCAGUUCAGAAUAAAUUUGUUUCCCGACAGAAUUGAACACUCCUUUGCUCACACUCUACUACUAUUUCGCUUGGAACCAGAAUGCUGGUUCUCUAGGCACUGAGCUCGAGCAUCCUCUGCUUCCACUUGCACAAUCCUUUUGCGUUCCAAGUGAUUGCUCUUGUUCCGAUUCUGUGCAGAGCUCGGGGAGUAAUAUCUGUGUCGCUCCUGUAGCACCGCGCAAGAAGAUUGUGACUCAGCGACGGGCAAUUCAGUUUUGUUUAGGUGAUCCGGGCUUGCAGAUCAAGGAGAGAGCCUACUGUGUGCCCAGUUUACAUUUCGCACACGCAUUCCAAGUAGCAAACGUUUCUUACUCUGGGAGAGUGGAGGAGAGAAUGGAAGGUUCAGGUGCGUCCAUCAUCAGUGACGGAGCUGAGCUUGCGACACGAGGAAUGGACUCUGCAGACGAGGAACCAGAGACUUCAAACGCGAGCGAGACAGACGAGGAACCGAAGCUUCCCUCCGCUCUCCAGGACAUUCUACAGCGUCUGGAAGGCAAAGGCGAGCCUUUACGGAGGCAUCCCAAUUUCAGCGCCAUAAAUGUCCGUGAGUUCUUUCCGUGUAGGGCACCGCGCUCGGUCACAGGGUGGCGAAGCCAAGUGCGCCUUCGAGUGCUGGAGGCAAUCGGCAACUGUAACACCUUUGAGGUUCUCGAAGUGAGAGAGAUUUGUGACGGAGAUAUAUCGAGCUUGACGGCAAGCGAGUGGGAGAUAGUUCUAAGAGGAUUCAUGUCUAGCACCAUUCUACAAACGAUAAUCAUUAGGUCCAUCGCAUGGGCAUGGGGUUCAGAUGACAUGGAGAGCUUCUGUUUACAGCUAGGGAGAAUUCUGAAUUCCUCUAGCGUAACAGAAUUGUACAUAGAGGAUUGCAGAUUGAGUGCCAGAUGUUUGUUGAAUCUCGCCUCAGGACUGCGAGGAAAUUGCGAAUCUAAACUCGAGAAAUUACAUUUACAAAACGCGUGGUGGGACUCGAGUGCGGGGAAGCAUGUGGCUGAAGUGAUCAACAGUGCUCCUCUACUACAAACGUUGAUAUUACAAGGCGAUUCGCAAAUGGAUGAUGAGGCCGUUGGAAUGCUGUCCCAAUCUUUGAUCAAAAGCUCGUCUUUGAAACAACUAGAGUUAAAUUCGGUGAAGUGGGGAGCGGCCUUGUUGCUGACAGCUUUGGCCAGAGACAAUGGCAACCUAUCCAUUGAACGUCUUCAUCUGCGGGGUGUGGAUAUGGAUGGACGCGGAGACUGUUUGAGGCAACUUCUUACUUCUUACUUAAAGGAACUGAGGUUGUACUGGUUGCAGAUGCGUCCUGAGGACUGGCAGCAGCUCGGCGAAGUCAUACGUGACAAGGCCAUAGCAACAACUAUUUAUGUAGAGUUUCCGUUGGGAUAUGACGAUAACUAUGAGUGGAAGUCAAUAGAAGCUCUUGCGUGUGCUACUACCUCCGAUGUCAAGGACCCCACAGUGGAGCUUGAUCUAAAAAUUUGGAGUGGGUUAGAUGGUUAUGAGUUAUCACUAAACCUAUUAGGUAGGGUACUCCGCGGGGAAGUCAAAUCUGUAGAAUCUUUACACAUAGAGCGUCAUUCACGUCAGUGAGGAGAUAGAUUCGAAAGUAUCAACGAAGAUAGAUUGAAAAGUAUCCUAUCGAUGAAUGGAAACACUGGAGAGACUUCAGUCCUGAAGAGACUGGGAUUUUCUGGUCAUUACAAAGAUGUUUUGAAGUACCUGCUUCCGUGCUUGCGAGGGAACACAAGUCUCACUCACUUGGAUUUGCGUUACUCCGACCUCGACGAUGAGACGUUCAGGGACCUGAUGAGUUUACUGCAAGUGAACUUGACUCUCCAAGAAAUAGAUGUCAGAAAAACCUCAUGGGAUUCGGCCGGAAAGGAAGCGCAGAUUCAAGAGGCGCUCAAGCAGAACCAGAAGCGGGCCGUGUACAUGUCCGUCUUCAUAGAAGCCAAAUUAGCAUUUGGAGAUGCAAAAGCUGGUCGACUCUUCUUAUGCGGCUCUCCUCUAGCAGGCAAAACUCAAGUGCGUCAAACCCUGAUGAGGAUAGUUAAAGGGGAUAGUUGGAUUGGCAACAAAUUGAAGGAGUUGUGGAGAACAGAGGGAAUUGAAGUCGAGUUCCUGCAAAACAAUGACAAAAGUCAAAUCUCAAUAUGGGAUCUUGCGGGACAAGGCAUUUUCCGUACCCUUCAAAAUGUGGUCUUCCCUCAAUCCAGCAAUUUUUGUAUUUUUUUAUUUGUGUAUAAUCCCUUCCGUGAAAAAAAAAAUUCAAAAAAAGAAGACUCUUGUUUCCAGACAGAGUUGGAAGAAUGGUUAAGUUUCAUCACAUCCAACACUAGGGUCACGGGACAUAGUCUUCCACAAGUUCUUGUUGUGAUUACACACAAGGAUAAAGUUACAUGCCACUCUUUGGAGUGGGCUCACAACAUAGUAAGCACACUAACCAAAAGAUUCAAAAAUUUUGUGGAUCUCCACCAAGAGUUAUUUCAUUUGGAUGCACGGAAGAAGAAGGAAGUUAUUCCUCUCCAAAAUCACAUUUUUGAGAUCUUCAAAAAUUUGUUGAGUGAAAAGUCCCCACGGGUUCCCCAAUUGUGUUCACACCUCUCCUUCUUCUUGGUUACAGACACCAAGAAGAAUAGAAGUUGCCCUCUCUUGCCAUCAAAAACCUUCAAAGAUAUCUGUGCUCCUAGUUUGACAAAAUUCAUUUCAUCAUCUUCAGUUCAUUCAGUUGGUCAUGAAAGGAUAAUGAGCGCAAUCAUAUCAUAUUUGAAUGACGUUGGAUCCAUCAUUUCUAUCCCCAACCUUGAUUACAUCAUUGUAGAUCCCAACUGGCUUACAUAUACAUUAUUGGGUAAGUUGAUAGCUCUAGGUCAAAACUUUCAACCUCAAAAGUCUGGGUCUUCUGAAAGCUCAUAUGUAAGCAAGGACGGAUUUGUGAGUCAGAGCGUCUUUGCUGGAUUGAUGGAAGAGUUUUUGCGAAAGCAACCACAUGGAGAGGGAGUUGUGGAUCGAAAGGUGCUUGAAGACAUCCUUAUCAAUUUAGAUUUGUGUUUCAAGGUGGAAGAUCCUUCUCAGUAUUUCAUUCCUUCUUUCCUACCUGAGCAUGCAAGCACGGAAAAACAGACGCCUCAAGCAUUGGCUUGGAAAAAUAGGGACGAGACUACACAGUUUGUCGGCAUCCGUAUUCAAUGCCAAGAUGAAAUCACAAUGUCACUUACUGCAGCUUUUUUCCCAUGCUUCCAGAUUUUCAUGAGACGCAAGUUGAUAUCGGAAAUGAAUGUUUCCAAGAAGAAUGUUAACUUCUCUCGACAUUAUCUGCAAUUUUUCUUUGAUGGGUAUGAGAUCUACGUUGAGCAAGGAACGUCCCACAAGUACGUGGAUGUUCUAAUGUUACGCUCAAUGCAUAAAUCAAGGUCGGAGGCUCUGCAAUACAUGAUGAAGUAUAUUGUCGAGGAGUUGAUAUCAUUCUGCGCAUCAUCCAAAGGCUGUCCAGGGGUGGCGUUAGUGCUCGGUGUGAUCCAAACACAUUGCGUGAAGAUGCUGGUUCCGAGUGAUCUCAGAGGAGCCAUUCUGAUCGACGAGCUGAAAUCAAACUUCAUUCGUCGCAGCAAUGAGAAACUUGAGAGAAUUCCGCCGGAUGAGUUGCACUUGGUGGAGUGGGAAAAGUUGUUGAACUAUGAGCACUCUUGGCCCUCUAUUGAUAGGCACACACCUGUAAUAUCCGAAAGAGCUAAAGAUUUGCUGCGGGAGAGCGAUGUGGAAGCGGUCGUGAAUGAGAUCCGACAGAAGCAAAUGCAACAAUUGGAGUCAUGGCAGCAAAGCCUUAUCCAACAAAUGGAGUCAAGGCAGCAAAGGCUUAUCCAACAACUGGAGUCAUUGCAAGAGGGAUUAAAGGAAGUGAACAAAGAUUUGAUUCAUUCUUACCCUGAAAAUGAGAACAUGGUUACCAAUUCGAAUUUUGCAGAUGUGAAAGACUCCAAUCGAUCUUCAUCUAGGUGCUUAAGUCAGGAGAGCUCAAGUGUUGAAGAUCCUAACACUCGACUUAUUUUGGAAAGCAUCUAUGUGGUAGGAAAUAAGGUUGAUAGGGUGGAAAAAAAGGUUGAUGGUGUUGAUGAAAGGUUGAGAUCAGUGCAGAGCAUUUUGCAGAGGUUGGAGAUGAAGAUACUCUCUCUACAGCAAGAACUGCAGUCAACGCUAAGUGAUUUCACGUCUAAAGUGGACAGGAUUGUUAAGUAUUCUCAUUCGUUUCAGAAACCUUUGCUUCCCAAGCAACCUUACAUUACAGACGAUGUUGGCGUUUUUCAUCGAAUGAAUGCAGCUCUGAAUGCCGGGACAACAGUUCGGUUACACUUGAUGUGCGAGUCGUCGACUGGGUUUCACAAGGUCAAAGAUCAAGAAGGUUUGAAGAUACGCGUGGAUCGAUACAAUAGCUCCUGGAUUGGAAAAACUAUUGAAAUUUCAUACAAAAUCAUGUAUUAUGCUGCAAAGGCUGGACUAGAUGUGACCCUCGGAUUAGGCCAAGCAAUUCCGGACUUGGCAGAUUUAAGAUCAAAUAUUGUUAAACUAGUUGGCAUUAGCGAUAGUGAUCGUAGGGCAGUUCUAAAAGGUGGGGAAAGCAUGGAGCUACAAGAAGCGUGGCUGAGGAUUCAGCAAACUCUUGCGCCUGAGCUUCGAGAUAGCUAUUCGGCAAACUUCAAGUUGUACCAGGUGAAAUACGUGAGUCUAGAAUUAGGUGGGCAUGCAUGGGUGUGUGAGGAGUGCAUGGAUAAAGGUUUUCGUUCUGGCAUUUUGACAUAUUAGGAAUUUGAAGAGGUUAGAAUGUCAUUAUGCAAUUGACAAGCAUAUGUUUAGACCCUCAUGCAAUAUAAGCAUCUG